UUUUGUCCACAAAACGAUAGGUCAACAUGCCACUUUGCUCGUGCAAGUUGCAGAACUGGAAGAAAAGAAAGCAGAGCGCUUGGCAGCUGCGGCAGCACGGCUCAAGGAGGAGAAGCUCUUCUACCAGCGACAAUUCGAGGCAACCAUUACGCAGUCUCAGUCAGACUUCAUCUGUCGCCGUGCUGACGAGAGACGAAAAAUGCUUCGUGAAAUAAAUACCAAGCGGUGGAAAAUGGUGGAAGAGCGUCGCGCUUUGCAAAUAGCCGAACUAGGCUACCCGACAACCUUCCUACCAGAUCGGAGUUCCUGCUUGAAACGGCGGAAAUUCAUGAAGAAUGAGAUCAGUGACUGGAAGGUCGUGAUGGAGAAAGGCGGGUUCCCAUCUGCCACCGUGAGUGGGCUCACGAAGAGUGAGAUCAAUGAGGAUCUCGAAGUUCUUGGGCUCAUAACCAAACCGCCAGCUGCAGCACCCACAGCACCACCAUCACGCAAGAAACAUCAAUCCACCCACAAACCAUCAAAUACCACCAACGACUCAAUACCCAAAUCAUCCCCCGCGCGGACCCGCGAUGCCUCCAUACCGCAGGGCAACGACGAGAAGUCCAGCGGGAUCGUCACGAUACCGCGAAGCGUCGAAACGAUUCCCGCAAACUUGCAGCAAUACCAACAGCCACAUCACCACCCCCACCACUACGGACAACAUCAACACGGAUACCAGCACCAUCACCACUCCUCUUCGCCACCCCAACCCCACCCACACUCCCCACCCUAUUCCCAACACCACCACUACCCAAUACACCUCCCUCCACCACCAAUACAUCACCCCCCCACCUCCUCUUCCGCAGCAGCCGCCGCCGCCGCCGCCGGCAUACCACCACCCUACCUAUCCACCGACAUCCGCGUCGACGGCGAGACCCUUCGCUGCAACGGCCACGCCUUCCGAAAAUCGAACAAAGUCUACCUGCACGACAACGGGUCCAAACUCUCGGUCAAGAUUGUCGGUAUCACAAGUUCGGAGUUGAGCGUCCAACGCACCGAUGGGAGUAAGACGAAGAUUCCGUUGGAGGUGUUGGGCGAGGGGCGGAUGUGGUUGCAGCCGAAGGGGAAUGGGUAGUCGUAUUGCCAAACCACCAUCACAUACACCACAUACUGAACGUUGUGGUGUACGGUUGUAACACGCUUCUAUGUACACUAUGCAAAACGCGUUGAUCGCCCCAGCCCAUCCCUCACUGUCCAUUGC